AUGCACUGCCAAGCCGAGUUGAGGCUCUCCUCCCCCGGGCAGCUGAAAGCUGCCAGGCGGCGCUACAAGACUUUCAUGAUUGACGAGAUUCUCUCCAAGGAGACUUGUGAUUAUUUUGAGAAGCUUUCUCUCUACUCCGUGUGCCCAUCUCUCAUUGUUCGACCAAAGCCUCUCCAUUCUUGUUCUGGCUCCUCGUCACUACGUGCCUACCCGCUCCUCUCAGUGAUCACGCGGCAGCCUCCCAACCUACCCCCCCACCACCCCCAGCCGUCCUCUCCGGGUGGGGUCCCCUCACACCUGCCCCUGCUGUCCCCACAGCAUCUCAGAGGCUCCGAACCCUCGCCCAGUCAGACACCCCUCAGCAUCAGCAGUGAGUCAGACACAGAGCGGAGCACUCCCCGCCUGAAGAAGCCACGCCGCAGCCGCACCAUCUUCACUGAGCUGCAGCUGAUGGGCCUGGAGAAGAAGUUUCAGAAGCAGAAGUACUUGUCCACACCUGAUAGGUUAGACCUGGCCCAGUCACUUGGUCUCACACAGCUACAGGUGAAGACAUGGUACCAAAACAGGCGCAUGAAAUGGAAGAAAAUGGUGCUCAAAGGAGGUCAUGAGGCACCCACUAAGCCCAAGGGAAGACCCAAGAAGAACUCCAUUCCCACUACAGAGGAAAUAGAGGCUGAGGAGCAAAGAAUGAAAAUGGAGGAGGAAGAAAGGAUGAGGAGGGCAGCCCAGGAAGCAGCGCUGACUCACGGAGGAGAAGCAUCUCAGAUGGAACCUCAAGAUCUCAGUUCAGUCUCAACCGUAGCUUCAGAAACACACAUUCCACCCAGAGCGGUGGAGGUUUCUGAGCAAGAGCUGCCACUCGUAGUGCAGCCAGAGACUCACUCAGCCAGCUAA